CCAGAGAAGAAGCACUGAGACGGGGUCUGGCUGUAGAGGAUGCCCAGCCGCACAGUACGUCAGGCCAGCCACGAGUCCAUUGAAGACAGCAUGAACAGCUACGGCUCAGAGGGCAAUUUGAACUACAGUGGGAUGUGCCUAGCCUCUGAUGCCCAGUUCAGUGACUUUCUGGAUGGAAUGGGCCCGGCACAGUUUGUUGGGCGACAGACAUUAGCCACAACAUCGUUGGGUGAUGUUGAAAUAGGCCUGCUGGAGAGAAAUGGUGGUUUGGAGGUGGAGAUUGUGCAAGCCAGAGGACUCACCCAGAAACCUGGAUCCAAAGGACCUCCAGCGGCUUACAUUAAAGUGUAUAUACUUGAAAAGGGAAUCUGCAUUGCCAAAAAGAAGACAAAGUCGAUCAGGAAAUCUCUGGACCCUCUGUAUAACCAGGUUCUGGUGUUCUCAGAGAGUCCACAAGGAAAAGUUGUUCAGGUGAUUGUUUGGGGAAAUUAUGGACGAAUGGAUCGUAAAUGCUUCAUGGGUGUUGCUCGCAUCUUAUUGGAGGAGCUGGAUUUGACAAGCAUGGUGAUUGGCUGGUACAAGCUUUUUCCCACCUCAUCUAUGGUGGACCCCUCGAUGGCCCCGUUGAUCCACCACUCCUCCCAGCUUUCUCUGGAGAGCACUGUGGGCCCAUCCUUUGAGCGCUCUUAAGACCUUUUGGUACUGGCUCUUUUUGGACAUAGCCUUCUUUCAGAGGGACCCGUUUCAGACCCUUAAAAGGGACAUGUUCUUUGGUGUACUGCGCUGAUGGUGAAAGUGACACUGGCCUUGCACUCUUUUUAAAAAAUGUGGAUAAAGGGGCACCAACUGUCUAGAAAGACUUUGAGCAUAGAACUUUCUUGUUCUUACUCUUAAGUUGGGCUGUUAUUUUCUUAAGUGGCCCUACAACACCAAUCUGUGUUUUUUGGAUAGAACAUGUCAAUGAGUGUCAUGGGAGUAAGAGAGAGGUUUGAAACAACCCUACUACUUAGAAGUUUCCAUCUUGGCUCUGGUGGUAGAUAGUUGAGCUAAAACCUGAGGAUGUAACUCAAAUGGGAAUGUGCAAUAUCAAUGUUAUACUGUAGUUGGUAUAGAUGCAAACAAGGCAACACAAGUUAUAGAUACCCAACACCAAGGGAAGCAGAUUCUCUCAAAAAUGUUAUAAUUUUUCUGAUUUGGAUUGUUCAUAAGUAUUGUUUGAAUAUAUUUAAGAUUGUCUUUGAAGCUUGGCUAACAUUCUAACAGUUUCAACUGUGCCAUUUUACCAGCAAGUGUCUUUACUUUGAAACUUGUGCCAUUGUUCAGCAUAAAGGGGUAAUUUUGGAACAGAAACAGCUUGUGACAUGGGCACUGAAGUAUCAGUUAGUCCCUUUUAAAUUACAGUUGUCAUUAUGAAACCGUCAAGUAGACUGUCACAGGUAGUGAUUAAAACAAUUCCAGAAGUGAAGCAAUGAAGAAAACCAUAUUUUUUCAACAUCAACCAAGGUCUGAGAGAAUAUAUAGCAUAUAGACUGUAUAAUGAGAAAUGUACAGAAAUAGGGUGCACAUUGUAGUGCAGUAGGGUAAUGAGAAGAACAUUUUAUUUGGGCACUUUUAUAGAUGUUUUUCUAUGAAUGUUAGUCUUCAGUGAGCCAAACGUUUAUUUUUAUUAUGUAUUUGAUUAAUGUUCAAAAGGGCAGAGACUCAGAACUUUUGUAGCACAGUAAGGUUGUAGCAUUAGGUGGUAGCGUAUGCAUGGCAGUGUGUUGUGUUAACUUACAACAGAAUAAUAAUAUUAAGCAUAAUAUUUUACGGGGGAAUGUAAAACAAAUUUUGUUUGAAACUAACAUGUACAUUGAUUGACAAGCUAAAGGGCAUAACACCCUGAGUGCCAAGAGUUAAAAGCAGUGGGUAGCCUCAAAAUCACUUGUGUUUUUAAGGCAGAGGGGUCGACAAUCUGUGCCGUAUUAUGAUGUAGAAUGUUAUGGGAAAUAAACAUAAAAUUUGGCCCAAGUUCUAGUUAAAAGGGAUUGAAAGGACACCUACUGUGUUUAACCAUAUGCUGGCACACUGUGUAUUGUCUUUAACAUGUAGCAGUUUAGUUCACAUUUAUAAAGAUAAUUGCAAUACUGACUUGUGUGCUGCUGUGGAAAAAAUGAUAGCCGUAUUACGUUUUAAAAAACAAGUGAAUUUGGUCCCUUUAAGUAUCAUACACACAUGGUGGUAUCUUUUUUGAAAAUAAGAAGAAAUCAAGUUCUGUGCAACAAAAUACUUCCAAAUACUUACAGCGUAAGGUUUGCACAUCUGGCUCUUUUCUGUUGAUUUCAGUGUGAACACAAACUAAUAAAGCCCAGCCCAGGUAUUUGAACGUUUUUAAUUUUUUACGAUGUUGUGUGAUUUGGACCUUGCUACAUUUUCCAAUAUGGAGAAAAUAAAAUGUUUGUAACAAUAAAUUAAGACUAAAUUCAAUUGAGUUGGUAGACGCAACAUCAAGGUGGUCAAGCUCUUUAAAGCAAGUUGGACUGGUACUGGAAUAUGCUAUCAAGACCUACUGUUAAAAAGUAAUAACUUUCCAAUCAAUAUCUUAAUUUCAUGAAGCAAUAAGAAGCAGCACCCAACCACACUUGUCUGAGAAGCUCCAUACUUCGCAUUUGUGUGUUUCCAUGUUUUACUAUAUUUGUGAGUAGCAAGAAUCCCCACAAGGAAUGUUAAAUUGGACCUUGUGGGGAUAUUUUGCUAGUCCACAUGAGGAAAAGGGGUAUUUUAGGCAAUAUGUUCUGAUGCCCAAAAAAGCUACAAUUCUGGUUAGGGAUCAGUAGUUAUGGAAAAAAGGUUUAUGAGAGGAAAUACUUUCUUUACAUUUUUGUACCCAAAAGGAUACUAAAACCUAAAAUGACUGUGUGUGUUUGUGUGAAUGUGAAUGAAUGCAUGUAAUGAUCUUUGAUCAAGAUGAGCCAACAAUACUAUAUAAAAUAAUAUAAAUACUCAGCUAUAUAUUUAUGCUAAGUUACAUCAAUAUAUAAUUAUACAAUUGCUUGGAGAACAAUUUAUAUUAACAAGUGCCCCUGAUUUUAAUGCUUUUCAAUACAUCACCUUUUAAGAUUUUUUUUUCUGAGAUUGGCUUACAGCUUGAUAAAUCCUUCAUAUCAAAUGUUUACAGAUCUGUGCUUAAGGACUGCCCUCCUCAAUUUUAGCAUCUAGGUUUUGAAUGGGGUUUAUGUCCCCACUGAAUUGCCCAUUGCUACAAAAUCUACAUUGUUAGGCAAAUAAAAAAAAUUGGGGGGAUUUUGAUGUUUGCUUAGGGUUUUUUGUCUUGCUUUUAGAUCCACGUAUAUCCAAAUUUCAGUUUCCAGGCAGGGCAACCAGGUUUUUGGCAAACAUGUACUGACAAAAGUUUAUAAUGCAGUUGACUAUGGCCCCAAUGAUCAAUAAGAAAAAUAAGUUCAGAAUAUAAAAUAUCCCCUACCAUGUUUGAAAUUUUUUUGCAAAUAAUAUAGCUAAGUAUCUCAUUAGCUGAUUUGUAUAAUUUAUCUUAUUCAGUACAUUUUGCUCAAUUAACCAUGUUGAUAUUGUGUGUGUGUGUGUGUGUGUGUGUGUGUGUGUUUGAGCUGACGGCUAUGCAGGCGUAAUAGAGGGCAAGAAUAAACAAUUUGUGGUAGUAUGAGUAACAUUUUCACUCAGUAACCUGAAACACAUUUAACACAUUGUAAAAGCUUUCAAUCACACAAAAACACAUUUUCAAAUUGUAAUAGCCUGAACACACAUCAAAUAUACAUCAAAGAAACAUUUACAGUAUUUUUGGUGAAAAAGUUAAUUGAACCAUACAAAUAUAUCUAUUUUAUGCAUUUAACAAAUGAAAAACUAAUGGUUUAGAUCAAACAUAUAGAUUCAAUCAACUUACCUAUGGUAAAUCGACAUCUGGAAUGUUUUUAUGUAAUUUUUUUGGUGCCAAAUCCUCUCUUUUAUAUAUUUUGCUUAGAAAUGUGCAGAAAAAAGUAUAGAUGAUGAAAAAGAACUGAUAAUAUUUAGAGCCAUUGAAACUGAAAGGUAAACAUGGUGUUCAAUAAUCAAUCUCCAUUUUAAAACUUGAAUAACCGUCAAAGUGACGAAAAGUUUUGAUUUGAAGAAUAACAUUUAACAACACAAUAGCUUCCAGGUUUCUCUUUCCUAUAACAUUGCUUUACGUAACUACAUCCAUCAUCUAUAAAACAAUUUUGACAUUGCAUGGAAAUCAUUCACCAGUCCACUUAAUUGUAAUACAAUUUUUGUGUUUCAAUGGCAUGGAACAUGGUCAUUUUAAAGAACAAACAUUAUGAUUAAAUGAAACACAUGGUUAUUGUUGGAACUGUUCUUGAAGAAUGUUCACAAUAUUUAUCCAAUAACCUAUAUACUAAUAUUUCAAAUGUAAUUGUGGUUGCUUAGUAUGUCGCCUUACAAGUAUCCAACAAUCCAAUAGUUCAUAGGUCUAUUGUAUGGCUAUGAAUUAGUUAUAUUUUGUAUUUGAGCAAAAGGUUAAUCACUUUUGGUUUAUCCGUAUUCAUUUACAUCUAAAUUCAUUACUAUGAAUUGUAAUGCAAGAAGAGGCCUUAAAAACACAAAUAAUUAUACCAGAGGACUUUAUUCUAAAAUGUAAAACAAGGACGCAAAAAAUGUAUUAAAUGUUAACCGUUUUGUCCAAUUGUCUCAACUAAUGUUUUAAUGAGAUUUUUUCAAUGCUCCUGUUUUCCAGUUUGAUUUGCCCAAGGUACAGUCUCUUUUACUUUGCAGGUUUAUAUAUAGAAUUAGCUUAUUAUAUUUAUAUGAUUAUAUGACUAUUCAUAAUAUACAUUUAUUGGAAUAACAUUAUUAUUCCAAUCCUUGCCACUCCUUUGUCAUUGCCAAAUAGAAAUUUCUGGAACAUGACAUUUGGGACACCACCAGACUUGCAAAACACUUUAGGCCCAGCUCAUUUGUUGUGGGCCUGGGGUUCUGGUGACUGCGACUGUGGGUAUCACCCUUGCGUGACAUGGAAUUAAAUUGUAAUGUAAGCUAAAGAGACUGAUAACUACAGUGAAUAUAAAAAGUCUACACACCACUGUUAAA